CAUUUCUUGAAUUAAUCACCACGCACGGGAUUGACAAUUCGUUGUAUUGCUACGAUACCUGUUAACAGUUGUGUCCGCCUGCACAAGUUGCCCAUGUUUACAGACCUAAGCAACCCAAACGAACAGAAACCCACGCAAAGCGGAUCUUGCUGCCAUGUCGUACUUUCAUACGCUUUCCGUACGAAACAGCCGUUCAGAGACAAUGGCCCCUUGUGGUUGAUAGCGAGUACAAUUAGGACUGAUGUAUAAUAACCGUACACAGCCAGACUUGUGCAGCUGUGCGCGCUCUGGAAGGCGGGACUUGAGGAUAAGCGAAGGAACUCCAGGAGUGUUUACAAAGUAACUUUUACUUACGAGCUCAGCUCACAAUCUACAGCAGUAAUGCCGAGCUGCGAGAGUGAGUUAAAGGGUCGUAGAAGCGGUGCUCAACUUGGAUGGGAAUGUGUGCGGCUCUGGAUGAGAAGUCGCUGACGUGAAUAGAAAUUACCUAAAACAAGCAAAGCGAACUCGCCAAAGCAAGAGUCGCAGCAAUGGGUAGAGAUAAGUGGAGGAAGACCCUCGCCGUGAGGCUCUGCGUGUCCCUCUGUACGGUGCUCCUUGGCGUGCAGGUCUACAUGGAGUUCGGCCGGUCCCGGUUCCACUUCCUCAGCCGGCAACGCCAUCACGAAGUCCCACGGGCUCGGGGGAGGGCCGGUUUUGCACCGCUUAAUGCGCAUACUAGGAGACAAGAGACGGGCGCAAAAAGUGACAAGAAGGAGCCCACUGUGCCAGCUGAGGAGGGCAAGGUGGGCGUCGAGCAGCAGAGGAAGUUACUACGAUGGCAUAUCAAUUUGCAGCCAUGGGCAAAUUCAAAUCAUGCUUUGGAGUAUGAAGCAGAACGGUUUCUAAACUACAUCACCAAUCCACAGAUCAGCUGUGGAACUACACAGGAAAUAGAAAUAUCCAACAUAUCUGGGGUCAAUGGAAAACCUUGGUCUGUCUGCUUAGAUGACAGAUAUACCCUGGCUCAUCAGAUAAAGAAGAAACAGUGCCGUGUCUACUCCCUUUUGCUAGGGAAUGACAAUGAACAUUUUGAGAUGAGUCUUGCCAAAGCGGGAUGUGAGGUUCACUGCUUUGACCCCAGCAUUAAAGUACCUCAUCUUCAGAAUGGGGAACGCUUCUGGCAUCAUCGGUUGUCUGUUGACUGGAGGGACCCUAAUCCUGCCAUCCCUGUGCAAAAACAACACAGCAAUACCAAGAAGCUGGCUGCCAUCUUGAAUGACUUUGGUCACCGGAAGGUAGAUGUCCUCAAGGCAGACGUAGAAAGUACAGAAUGGAAGAUCCUUGAGAAUCUCAUCCUGGAGAAUGUUAUUAGUGAGAUUGGACAGUUGCUGUUUGAAGUCCACCUACACUGGCCAGGAUUCGAAGUCAGUGGGGAUGAUAGCACUGUGGUUCGUUACUGGUACAGCUUGUUGAAAGAGCUGGAGCGCAAUGGAUUCCGCCUCUUCCACAGCCAAAAGAAUCCAAAGGGACCUCAUGUUUUUCUACAGAAGAACAUCUUCAAUGCCAGCAGCAGCUACACUCUCUGCUGGGUCAACACCAGAUGGAGGCGAUAACUGGGAAAAGGACUGUGCUGUAUGAAUGUGAAUAUAUUAGCAGAGUGUAAGAAAAACAAAAAUGAAGCAGAAAACAAAAUUAAUUAUUCUCCAAAUAUUUAAACACAAGGGUCAGAAGCAGCAUGAGUCACAGCAGCAAGCUAAAAGCCUGGAGGCGGUAGAUGUAGGCAGCAAACACAUUUCUACAAAUAAAAGAACAGCAAUGGCCUGAAAAAUGAAAUCGUAGCCCACACAGUGUAAAAUGUGGACAUGAUUUUUCAUUGUAGCUUUAAAUGUUUUUUUUUUUUUUUCAACACCAAAAAUGAUUUUCAUCAAUUAUGACCAACUAUUCAACUCUAGGGUAAGGCUAAGCUUCUCAUGCUGACAGGUGAACUGACUGCAAAACGUUCCACAGGAGAAGUCUGCGGGGCAGACAAAUGUGCAGAUUCCUUGGGCAUAUCUUGGACAGCAGUACUCGUUAAAGUCAGUGUGACACUACAAAGACAAGUGUAGAAAAUAAUAUUCACCAUGACAUACUCGUAUAAGGUGGGUGGAGGCUUGGUCUCUAGCCAGAAAACCACUUGCAGGACGGCUGCUUUUUUUAAUGCGGAAAAGCUUUGUAAGAAUAUUCUUUAACUUAUGAAACCAUGUGAAGUAGAUGCUUAAAUAUCUCCUAUAGGCUAAUUUGCACAACAGUAUAAAAUUCCAAACAUAAUUGUUUUUUUUUUUUUUUGUAUUACAGAAAACAAAUUACCCAAUAACCAAAACUCACCUUUACUAGUUUCUGUUAUGUCCUCCCAUUUGUUGUUAGCAUGUACAAAAACUGUGAGGAAAUUCCACAAGGUGCUUCAUACAGAAUUCCAGCAUUGCAUCCUGAUUCGUAAAGGCAGGAGGCAGAGAAGCCACCUUUUUAGAACAUUUGUGUACUGACACAAAGUCAUGUUGGUCCUAUUCAUUUGUGCGUGCCAUCAAAAAUACUAUUAAAAGGGAUGUAAAAAUGCCAAGGUGAAUUUUGGGUGCGCACUGUUCCAUCAGCUGGUGUUUGUCAUGUUUCUUUUUCUCCUUUACGGAAUUAUUUCUUGCUCAUAAAAACCUUUUAAAUCUUUUUGCAUUCCCGUUUCAGGUGCCAGUUUAGGGGUGUGUGGACACCUUGAACUUUAGUUUGGUGACUGGGCCUGAUAUGCCUCGGGUUGUAAAUGCAGGGAGUCCGAAGGAGAUUAAUCAAAGUCCUUCUGUUUUCAGAAGACAAUUCAAAGCUGCAAGGCAGCUUAAGUUUAUGUCUAACAUGUCUUUCUUUAUCCUCAGGACGAUGAACAAGUAGAUCUCUAAUAGAGCUUUAAGUAAGGUUCAUACCGAGUUGGCAUUGAAAUCCUAACUGUAGAAAGCCUAUUCAUCUCAACUCUUCUGUCUAUAUACUAUCAAAGGUGCCUAGCCAAGUUCAGAAUUGGGGACAAGGGAAGAACCAGUUUUAGGUGGGGCACACGCUCUUUGCAGGGU